CGACACUUUUAGGGGGAGGAGUAGUUGCCAUGCAAUAUCACGCAAACGCCUCACAUAUAGUAUGGUUGUCUGGUAAACAUGUUGACAAACAGAGGAGACCAGCCUCAUCACCUAAAAAAGCUAAUUCUGGCUCUAUAACUUUAACCAGUUGGCCGGAGCGAGAGCCGAGCUCAAAGCAUAAGAAUCUACUCCUCACUGGUCUUCAGAAGCUUUCCAUCCUCUAAAUGGAGAAGAGUAACUAUAUUCAUGGUAGACUCAACUGCGUGCUUUUAUUCUCUUUAUUAAGGCUAAACCCCUUUCCAUACUGCGAGUUUUAGUAUUCAGUACUCAGCCAUACCGACCGUUUAUUUUUUAUACAAUGGGUAUGUAGCGGUUGAAGAUUGCAAAAAUGGGCUGUGCGUUUCCCCUUUUUCUAGACAAUCGGGGCACUUGGUGUUGUUCGAAUUCUGCUUUUGAGGGAAGAGGUGAUGAGAUAAAACAUUGAUUAAGCGAAAAGAUAGCACUAUGGAAACUCAAUGGUGGAAUACAGG